GGGGCUCGCCCAGAAACCCGGAAUGUCUAUUCUCCGAUCCCUCGCUGGGGGCAGGGCCGGAGGGGAAACGCGACUCACAGUCUAAGAAAAGGCGCGGGUCUUAACAAACGGCUCGGUUCGUCCGCUCCGCCCUGAAAAAGUCUUACGGCUACAAGGCGGAGCUCCAGGGUGGGCGGGGCCGCGCACGCGCCGCACGGGAAUUCCAGAAGCGUAUCUGAGACAUGAGAUGGAGAAGUACGAGCGGAUUCGAGUGGUGGGAAGAGGUGCCUUCGGUAUUGUGCACCUGUGCCUCCGCAAGGCUGACCAGAAGCUGGUCAUCAUCAAGCAGAUCCCAGUGGAACAGAUGACCAAGGAAGAACGGCAGGCGGCACAGAACGAGUGCCAGGUGCUGAAGCUGCUCAACCACCCCAACGUCAUUGAGUACUACGAGAACUUCCUGGAGGAUAAGGCCCUCAUGAUUGCCAUGGAAUAUGCACCAGGUGGCACCCUGGCUGAGUUCAUCCAGAAGCGCUGCAACUCCCUGCUCGAGGAGGAGACCAUCCUCCACUUCUUUGUGCAGAUCCUGCUCGCCCUGCACCACGUGCACACGCACCUCAUCCUGCAUCGGGACCUCAAGACCCAGAACAUCCUUCUCGACAAACACCGCAUGGUCGUCAAGAUCGGUGACUUUGGCAUCUCUAAGAUCCUCAGCAGCAAGAGCAAGGCCUACACGGUCGUGGGUACCCCAUGCUACAUCUCCCCCGAGCUGUGUGAGGGCAAGCCUUACAACCAGAAGAGUGACAUCUGGGCCCUGGGCUGUGUCUUGUAUGAGCUGGCCAGCCUUAAGAGAGCCUUCGAGGCUGCGAACCUGCCAGCCCUGGUGCUGAAAAUCAUGAGUGGCACCUUUGCGCCCAUCUCUGACCGGUACAGCCCUGAGCUGCGCCAACUCGUCCUGAGUCUGCUCAGCCUGGAGCCUGCACAGCGGCCACCCCUCAGUCACAUCAUGGCGCAACCUCUCUGCAUCCGGGCCCUCCUCAACCUCCACACCGAUGUGGGCAGCGUCGGCAUGCGGAGGGCAGAGAAGUCCCUGACCCCAGGACCACCUAUGACCCCUGGCAGCACAGGGAGCAGGGCCACCAGUGCCCGCUGCAGGGGUGUUCCCCGGGGACUUAUGAGACCGGCCAUCCCACCACCACUGUCUUCAGUGUAUGCGUGGGGUGGUGGCCUUAGCGUUCCCCUGAGGCUCCCGAUGCUCAACACUGAGGUGGUCCAGGUGUCCGCAGGGCGCACGCAGAAGGCUGGUGUUACACGCUCUGGGCGCCUCAUCCUGUGGGAGGCCCCGCCCCUAGGCACUGGAGGCGGCGUGCUCCUCCCAGGGGCAGUGGAGCAGCCUCAACCCCAGUUCGUCUCACGUUUCCUGGAGGGCCAGUCGGGUGUGACCAUCAAGCAUGUGGCCUGCGGGGACCUGUUCACGGCUUGCCUGACUGACCGAGGCAUCAUCAUGACCUUUGGCAGCGGCAGCAAUGGAUGUUUAGGCCAUGGCAACCUCACUGACAUCAGCCAGCCCACCAUUGUGGAAGCCCUGCUGGGCUAUGAGAUGGUACAGGUGGCCUGUGGGGCCUCUCAUGUGCUGGCCCUGUCCACCGAUGGAGAACUAUUUGCCUGGGGCCGAGGAGAUGGUGGGAGGCUGGGACUAGGCACCCGGGAGUCCCAUAGCUGCCCCCAGCAGGUGCCCGUGCCCCUAGGACAGGAAGCUCAGAGAGUUGUUUGUGGUAUUGACUCUUCCAUGAUCCUCACCUUGCCUGGCAAGGUCUUGGCCUGUGGAAGUAACAGGUUCAACAAGCUAGGCUUGGACCACCUAUCCCUGGAGGAGGAGCCUCUUCCCCAUCAGCAGGUGGAGGAGGCCCUGAGCUUCACUCCCCUGGGCUCUGCACCUCUGGACCGGGAGCCCCUGCUGUGCGUGGACCUGGGCACUGCCCAUUCGGCUGCUGUGACUGUCUCCGGUGACUGCUAUACUUUUGGCAGCAAUCAGCAUGGGCAAUUGGGUACCAGUUCUCGCCGCAUCAGCAGGGCGCCCUGUCGGGUCCAAGGCCUAGAGGGCAUCAAGAUGGUGAUGGUAGCCUGUGGGGAUGCCUUCACUGUUGCCAUUGGGGCAGAGGGGGAAGUGUAUUCUUGGGGCAAAGGAGCCCGAGGUCGACUGGGAAGGAGGGAUGAGGAUGCUGGACUCCCUAAGCCAGUGCAGCUGGAUGAGACUCAUCCUUAUGUGGUGACUUCAGUGUCCUGCUGCCAUGGGAACACCCUCCUGGCUGUUAGAUUCGCCGAGGAGCCAGUUCCCCCCUGAGGCAACAGGACUGAUUAUCCGAGAGACCGCCUCUGAGUGCUCUGAAAACGACUGUCUCAGGGGUCUGAGGAACGACUGUUUGCUGCUGCCUGGAUGGUGUCACCAGUGAGGUGGAAAGGCCACCGAAGGCCAUUUUGUUCGUCCAAGUCUCUGCCCCCAAACUCUAUCUUUUAUGCAGUGUCUCCAGGCUUCAGUCUGGCAGGAAUUAACAGCAGGACGGUCUUCAAAGACUUUGCUAAAAAAAAAAAAAAAAAAAAAAUCACACACACACACACACACACACACACACGAGGAGCCCGGUUGGAAAGAAGUCUCUGGAGGAGCCCGGUUGGAAAGAAGUCUCUGGCGGUGUCCUGAUGCCAUUCUUUGGACUAGGGCAAGCCAGGGCCUGUUUGUACUGGCCAUUAGGCUGCCUAAUCUCUGCAUGGCUUGAGGUCGGAGGGGUCCCCUUUUCUCUUUCCUGUGGCAAGGGUUUGCUCUACUUCUGAGAGGGUGCCCCCCCCCACUCCCAAGAAGGGAAUGCUGGAGCUACUGAGUGGUUGCCAAGGGGAUCCUGCUAAAGGGUGUUCCUCACCCCAGGCCAUUUCCCAGACCUAGACUGGGGAAAAGGUAGCCAGACCCGACCAGUUUCUUAAAGGUUUGAAAAUAGCGCCAAUAAAAAUAUCAAAUGCCUGCUUGA